CGUUUAUCCAUUAGAAACAUGUCAUCCUAACUACUCGAGUCCGUAAAAAGAGUCGUUCAUAAAGAAUGAAUCAUUCGCGAAUUGUGCAUCACUAGCUCGUUGCUGCUACGUGGAAAGGAAGUAGGUAGCUUGUCUCUCUGGUCGCCAGAAAUACCCAAACAAAUCAACGAUUCUAGGAAAAUACGAUUAAUGAAAGCAGAUAACAUUUCAGCAUUAACGUCCUGAUUGCGGCAGUGCGUUUCCUCCAACCAUAUGGAUGGACUAUCUUGUUAAUGUUGUCUUUCAAUAUACUUUUUAUGUGAUUCAAGGGGCGUAUAGUCUGAUUGUUGAUGUCGUUAACGUUAGCUAGCUAGCUAGCUAGCUACCCAGCUGGCCAAGUUAGCCAAUUCGCUGCUUGGGUCGCAUUGCUAUUGGAGUAUUUUACUUAGAGUCGGCAAAGAUUGUCAACAACAUAUUCGGCACUUGCGUGUAAUGGGCAUGUUAUUUGAAGUUGAUCAGUAAGAUGGCUAACUCACUUGUUAGCAAACCUAAUUCUGAUGUCCAUACUCCUUGCUAAAGAGCGUUCAAUAACGACGUUAGCUGGCUAGCUUGCAAGUGACAUCUAUAUCAUCAUGAGUUGGUUCAGCUCUACCCAGCUGUCAAGCUUUGCCAAACAAGCUUUGACAACAGCUCAGAAAUCAAUUGACCGAGUUCUUGACAUUAAAGAAGACAAAUGGGAUGACACAGUGGUAAUGCCUUAUGACGAUCUAUCAGUGAAGACCCCAUUGAGCGGUGGAUGGGGGAUGACACAAUGGGACUCUGCUCCAGAGGAAUGCACCACAACUCCUCCUCCCUCUUCUGAGGCCAUAACAACCCCUGUCACUCGCACAGUAGUGGAUGAAACUGAGAACUUCUUCAGUGCGUUCCUUGCCCAAGGAGACCUCCAGGGUGUCAUGGGCACUCAGGUGGUGUCUGUACCACCCACCAAGUCCCGCAGGCGGCCACAAGAGAAGGAUGUGGAGGACAAGGACAUUGAUGUCAAGGACGAUGCGGCCCUUCGCAAACCAGGUCCGAAAGGGGCAGAUAGAUUGGAUGAACAGGAAUCUGCUGAGAAUGAGGCAGUCUUGACAGAGUCUUCAAGUCUGUGGUCUUCCUCAGAAGUUGUUCUUGUUCAGACACCAGACCUCCUAGGACUGCCUCAGGGGUCAGAUACGGAUGAUUCUGACAGUCCACAAAUUCAUAAAAGCUGGACGGAAUCCACUGUGGAGGGUAUAACUGGUGUUCCUGAGGAGGAACCAAAGGAUCAACAAUUGAAUCCCUCAGAAACCCAACUUGAAGACGACCCUGAUGCCUCAGGCGAUGACGCUGCGGACGCCUCAGCAGCUACCACCAACACUGAACCGGAGCCCUGCUUUGACCCAGCUCCUCCCGCGCCCCCUAAGGAAAUCAUGUUAGAGCCUGGAGACCCCAAAGCGGAGGGCAGGCAGAGUGACACACCCUCUCCUAAAUCAGAGGACCGGCAGAGCAACACCCCCUCCCCACCCGUAAGUGCUUUCUCUUCAGGCACCUCCACCACAAGUGACAUUGAGGUUUUGGACCAUGAGAGUGUGCAGAGCGAGAGCUCGGCCAGUUCCAGGCAGGAGACGGCGGAGGCCAAGGCAGGCCUCCACCUGAUGCAGGGCUCAUUUCAGCUGCUCUCAGCCUCCGCCUGUGGGGACUUCUCCCGCUUGGAGGAUUACCCCAAGCUGACCGAGAGCUGCGGUUCCUCCUCAGAUGCCUUCGAACGCAUCGACUCGUUCAGCGUGCAGUCCCUGGACAGCCGCAGCGUCAGUGAGGUCAACUCUGACGAUGAAAUCCCAGGGAGCCGGACGCUGGCGUCUGUCACGGCCGGGGCCGCGCCCUCACGACCUGUCAUAGUGUCAAGCACCGCCCAGGAACAGGAUGAAGCAGGGGAGAAGGGCCUGACGGAAGUUGCGAAAGAUCAGUCUCAGGAUGAGAACGAGAUGGAGGAGAGUGGCCGCAGUGCCACGCCUGUUAACAGCGAGCACCCAGAGGACCUGGUAGAAGGGGAAUCGGAGGCAGAUCUUGCACUUUCUGGCCCCAUCCCUGAUCCAGAGGCCCAGCUGCCCCCACCAAUCACGGAGGAGAAAAGAGGAGUGUCAACAUGUCAGAUUCUAGAGCUACAAAAGGUAAUUGAUGAGCUGUCAAGCCGCCUUGAGAAGAGGGAGUUGCAGUUGCUGUCAGUCAGCAAAGAUAAGGCCAGGCUGGAGGAAGAGUGUGACAACCUUAAAGAUGAGGUUAUAGGUCUUAAGGAGGAGAGUACUAGUGUGCAGUCUUUGAAGGAGGAGUUCACCCAGCGCAUCGCAGAUGCAGAGAGGAAAGCUCAGCUAGCAUGCAAAGAAAGGGACAUCGCCAAGAAGGAAAUAAAGGGGAUGAGGGAAGAGCUGUCCACCAGACUCAACUCCAACGAGACCAUGGAGAUCAUCCGUGAGAAGGAGGAGCAGAUCCGUGGGCUCCUGGAUGAGGGCGAUAAGCUGUCCAAGCAGCAGCUUCAACACUCCAACAUAAUCAAGAAGCUGCGGGCCAAAGAGAAGGAGAACGAGGCCAAAAUCACUAAAAACAACCAGAAGCUUAAAGAGCAGGAGGAAGAGAUCAAACAUCUACACCAGAUUCUGGAAGGAAAGGAGCAAGUGGAAAAGCAGCACAGGGACAGCAUUAAGAAGCUGUCCAUUGUGGUGGAGCACCAGGAGAAGGACAUAGUCAAACUCCAAAGUGAUGCCGAGGAGCUCCAGGAAAACAACAGGAGCCUACAGGCUGCCCUUGACAACUCCUACAAAGAGCUAGCAGGGCUACACAAAGCCAAAGCCAGCCACGCCAGUGAAGCCCAGGAGGUUGCUCUGAUCAGGGAAACCCAGGCUAAGGAGGAGCUGGCCCUGGCCCUGGUGAAGGCCCAAGAGGAGGCCCGUCUGCAGCAGGACGCUCUGGUCAACCAGGUUGCUGAUCUGCGGCUGGCUCUGCAGAGGGUGGAACAGCAGCAAGCCAGGAAGGAGGACUACCUGAGGGAGGAGAUCAGGGACCUGCAGCAGCGACUGCAGGGGGCGGAGACCCGGAACCAGGAGCUGAGUCAGAGCGUUACCUCGGCAACACGGCCACUGCUCAGGCAGAUCGAGAACCUGCAGGCGUCGCUGGGAGGCCAGACGGCAUCGUGGGAGAAACUAGAGAAGAGCAUUUCAGAUCGACUAGUGGAGGCACAAGCCCAGCUAGCUGUUGCUGUGGAAAAAGAGCGAGCAGCCACUGAGGAGCUGCUGGCCAUUAAGGCCCAGCUGGCCUCACUGGAAUCCCAGAAUUCCCUGCUUCGCCAGGAGAAAGGGCGUCUCCAUGGACAGCUGGAUGCAGAGAGGACCAGGCGGGAGAAACUGGAAGAUGAAAGCUGCAGGGAGCAUGUGGAGCUGGAGAAUCUGAGGGGAGAGCACACCCGAGCACUGGAGGAGGCCAAGAAGGAGAAGCUGCUCCUGACCAAUCAGCUGGAGAUGGAGAAAAUGAAGGUAGAGCAAGAGAAGAAGAAAUGCUACCUAGCACAGGAGGCCCUGAAGGAAAAGGAGCGGAGGGCACUGGUUCACUCUGUGGGUGAACCCCCAGCCUCUUCUACGCCCUCCCUGUCCCGUUCCAGCUCCAUCAGCGGAGUAGACCACGUGGGCCUGCACACCUCCUUUUCCCAGGAGGACCCUCUGGAUCACUCACUGGGGACGAUGACCUUGUCCAUGAGUGGAACCAACCUCUACGAGGCGGCUCGGCUCAGCGGAGGCUCCAGUAUCAUAGAGAACCUGCAGUCCCAGCUCAAACUCCGAGACGGAGAGAUAGCACAGCUACAGCUGGAGAUCUCUAGUCUGGAAAGGACUCGUUCUUCCCUGGCUGAGGAAAUGGUCAGAUUGACCAAUCAGAAUGAGGAGAUGGAGGAUAGUGUGAAGGAGAUCCCCGCACUGAAAGUGCAACUUCAGGAGCUGGAACAGAGACACAACACCAUACUUCAGAUGUAUGGAGAGAAGGCAGAAGAAGCAGAGGAGCUGAGACUUGACCUGGAAGACGUCAAGAACAUGUAUAAAACACAGAUUGAUGAACUGCUCAAGAACCAGAAAUAGACUCUCUCAAGAACCAGAAAUAGAAAUGUCCAGACACUACCGUCUCCCUGACACAAUAAACCAUUAUUAGUUUAGGUGCAUUUACCGUAGAGGAUGGGAAGAGAUCAUGUUCCUCUUAUUUUGGAUUCUAGUUCUUUUUAUUUUAGAUGCUCCACUGUCUCUAAAUUAAAUGGGAUUUAAUAAUUUGAUUAUUUUAUUAUUUUUAUCAUCUGAAUAUAUCUAUUUAAUAGGAAAAUUGUAAAAAUAGGGGUAAGAAAUCAAACAUGUACAGAUAUGAAGGAUAGUCACAAUUAAGAUUCUACUUUCAUCGUUUCCAAGUGAUUUGACGGUGAUUCACAACCUGACAUCUUACAUAUUGUUUUAGAUAUCCCUGUCCUGUGUGAUAAACUGGCUUCCUACUUUGUGUUUGAUAAGAAGACCCAGAAUAAACUAUCAAGUUCUAUUGACAGUUUCUAGCCCUUAACCUCAGCAUCCUAAUUACCAUCUGGGCUAAAAGUCGAGGCACCCCUGCACGUUCUUUCACUAACUUACACUGUCUUUAGAAAUAAGUUGAAAAUGAUCAAAGUUUUUAUUUGUCUGUUAAUAUUACAGAACCUUUGUUUUUGAUUUAGAACCUAAUAUAUCGUUUGGAAUCAGAAAAUAAACUGAAAUGGCACAACAUU